AUUAAUUCCCAUGUCUCUCUCGCUCAUCUCUCUCUCUCUCGCUCGCCGGAAAGGGCGAAAUUUUCCUUCUACCUUUCUGGAUUUAGGUGAGAAUAAAUUUUAUGAGAACUCGAGGAAACGAGAGAUUUGAGUAAUUACGGUUAGGGUUUCGUCAAUUUCACAACCAUGUCAGUCACCGCCGGGGUCAGCGAAGCUGCAAUCGCAGUCCGAGACAAGCUCCGGGGCAAAAUAGGGCAAACCAAGGUCAAGAGAUACUGGCCUGGGAAAGCCCCCGAAUGGGCUGAUGAUGCUGAUGAGGACCUCGACAUCAAACUCUCGAGGGCUGCGGCCCUCGAGCAAGCUUUCCCCUCCCACGAAGACGCCAACAUCGCCCGGAGCGAUGACCGGAGGCUCCGGCGACUUGCUGAGAACAAAUCUGAGAACAAAGAAGAAAUUAGGGCAGAUCACCGGAGAAUUCGACAGGCGGAGAUUGUGACGACGAUUGAAGAGGAGACUAAAAGGCAGGAAAGGUUGGAUUUUGAGGAGGAUGAUGAGGACGCAAUUGAGGAGAGGAGGAGGAGGAUUCGAGAGAAAUUGCUUUUGAGAGAGCAAGAAGAAGCGGCUCUUCAGCCGAUAGAUGAAGAGGAAGAAGAGGAGGAGGAGGAAGAAGAGGAGUCGGAGUAUGAGACGGAUUCUGAGGAGGAGCAGACGGGUAUUGCGAUGGUGAAGCCCGUGUUUAUUCCAAAGGCUCAGCGAGAUACUAUCGCUGAGCGAGAGAGGCUUGAAGCUGAGGAGAGAAGGUUAGAGGAGUUAGUGAAGAAGAGGUUGGACGAGAGAAAGGUUGAAACCAAGAAGAUUGUGGUAGAGAAAAUUAGGGAAGAUGAAGAAGUGCAGAAGAAUUUGGAAGCGGAGGCAAACAUUGAGGAUGUGGAGACCGAUGAUGAGUUGAAUGAAGCUGAGGAGUAUGAAGCAUGGAAAGCCCGAGAGAUUGCAAGGAUUAAAAGGGAUAGAGAGGAUAGAGAAGCUCGAUUGAAGGAGAAGGAAGAGAUUGAGAAGGUGAGGAACAUGACAGAGGAGGAGAGGAGAGAGUGGGAGAGGAAAAACCCUAAACCGUUGCCCCCAACGAAGCAAAAAUGGAGGUUUAUGCAGAAAUAUUAUCAUAAGGGUGCAUUCUUUCAGUCGGAAGUUGAUGAUCAUGCUGCUACAGUUGGUACUGAUGAGAUAUUCCACCGAGAUUUCUCAGCUCCAACGGGUGAAGAUAAGAUGGAUAAGAGCAUUUUGCCUAAGGUUAUGCAAGUCAAGCACUUUGGGCGUAGUGGGAGAACCAAAUGGACUCAUCUUGUUAAUGAGGAUACAACUGAUUGGAACACCCCGUGGACUGUUAAUGGCCCUCUUCGAGCAAAGUACAAUGCAAAGAUGGCUGGGAUGAACACGCCAAUAGAGAAACCCAAAGGUAGCAAGAAAUUGAAGGACUGGGGGACCAGUUAGUUAUUUUCAUCACUAUCGUGCAAUUUUUUCUCUGUUCAAAAAAGACUGAAAGGGAGCUCGGCUUCCUGAUGUACUUCAUGUCGAUCCUGAUUAAUACAGUUCGCUGUAUACAGCACACGUCACUCUUUGAGUAAUAUAUUGGCUAUCUGUAGUAACUCCUGUCAUUUUCUCAUCAGAAUGUUUAACAUAAGUUUUGUGUUGUGAUA